CGCACGCAUCAGAGAUGAUUCAUGAGCUUACAGUGGACCCUUGUGACCUUUAGGAUCGCAAACGAAAUUGGAGAAACUUUCAAGAACCGGAAUCCGGCUCUGCUUUGUUUUUUCUUGCGGACUAAAUUGACGUGAUAACAAUGCCUUUCCUCGAACUUCGUGAUGGCGCCCAACUAUUUUACAAAGACUGGGGCAACCCAAACGGCUCGAUUAUCACAUUUUCACACGGCUGGCCUUUGAGCAGUGAUAAUUGGGAGAACCAGAUGUUUUUCCUGGCUGAUCACGGAUACCGCGUCAUCGCACACGAUAGACGUGGACAUGGUCGCUCAACGCAGACCUGGAGUGGAAACAACAUGGACACCUUCGUCGAUGAUCUCGAGGAACUGUUCCAGCACCUCGGCGUCCAGAACGCUAUAAUGGUUGGACAUUCCCACGGAGGAGGUGAGGUCACCCAUUACCUUGGGAAACACGGCAGCGGUCGUUUCAAAAAGGCCGUUCUGGUUGGCGCCGUACCUCCCCUGAUGUUGAAAACCUCGACCAACGCCGAAGGCACCGAUAAGUCCGUCUUUGACUCUUUCCGGGAAUCUAUGAGGCAGGAUCGCGCUCAAUUCUUCUUGGAUGUUCCGACUGGGCCAUUCUUCGGAUUCAAUCGGCCCGGUGCCAAGAAGAGCGAGGGUCAGAUCCGGAGCUGGUGGCAGCAGGGGAUGAACACUAGCUUCAAGGCGGCCUAUGAUUCGAUUAAGGACUUUUCAGAGACUGAUUUCACCGAGGAUCUGAAGAAGAUCGAUAUCCCCGUGCUUGUGCUCCAUGGCGAUGAUGACCAGGUGGUCCCCAUUGAGGCUUCCGGACUCAAGUCAGCGAAGCUUUUGCCUCAAGGGACGUUGAAGGUUUAUCCCGGUGGCUCUCAUGGGAUCCAUAACAUCAACGUUGACGAAGUGAAUAACGAUCUGCUUAAGUUUGCGCAAUCUUAGAAGAGGAGGGUGAGACAUUCUGUUUGACGAUAGGCAGAGAGUUGGUCUUGGCAUGGAGAAGAGGCGAUAAUAAUUGAUCUGUCAAAGAACACUGUUAGGACAUGGCUCAGAUACUGAGAAACUUGGGAAGAAUCAGACCUUUGCCCCGUGGGCUAGAUUCCUGUGCCAGCGUCAUUAGCUACGUUGACGUCUGACAAUAGACUCCGUGGAAAAGCCAAACUAGAUGGCAGGGAUAAAGACUUGGGUAUUAUGAUCUUUUCCAGAGUGUGUAUAUGACGCCAAGUAGACAAAUCAACAACAGCGAAAGGAUGUAUCUCUACAUGGUAUUUGUGCAGUUCGAGGGUCGAAGUUCUCUAGAGUCGUAUGUUUAAUAGCUCUGAGUAUUGACAUGAGAGGCAUGCUAUCAUGAGCCAUACUAUUGGGCCAUCGACAACCGGCAGGUUCCGG